GAAAGAGAGGGGCACGGAAUAGUUAGCAGUUGGCACCGUCGACAUUUCUGGCUACGAGAUCUGAUUUGAUUUUAUAGAGAGAUGGAGAAAGCAGCUGAUAGGCAGAGGGUGUUGCUACAGCACCUCCGUCCGUCGUUCACGUCGUCUUCUCUCGAAGAUCUCGAUUCUUCAAUUUCUGCAUCAAUAUGUUCAGCUGGGGACAGUGCAGCAUAUCAGCGUUCUUCUGUGUUUGGUGAUGAUGUGGUUAUAGUGGCUGCUCAUCGGAGUGCUCUUUGUAAGUCAAAGAGGGGUGGCUUCAAGGAUACCUAUCCUGAUGACUUGCUCGCUCCUGUGCUGAGGGCAUUGAUUGAGAAAACGAACGUGAAUCCUAGCGAAGUUGGGGAUAUCGUUGUAGGCACAGUUUUGGCACCAGGGUCUCAAAGAGCAAGUGAAUGCAGAAUGGCCGCCUUUUAUGCCGGUUUCCCUGAAACGGUGCCUGUUCGAACUGUGAAUAGGCAAUGUUCAUCUGGUCUUCAAGCUGUAGCUGAUGUUGCUGCAGCUAUCAAAGCUGGUUUCUACGAUAUAGGGAUCGGCGCUGGCUUGGAAUCGAUGACUAUUAAUCCCAUGGCUUGGGAAGGAUCUGUGAAUCCAAGGGUCGAAUCUAUGGUAGAAGCACAAAACUGUCUUCUUCCAAUGGGUAUCACUUCAGAAAAUGUUGCAAAUCGAUUUGGUGUGACUAGGCAGGAGCAAGAUCAGGCUGCGGUAGAGUCACAUAGGAAAGCUGCUGCUGCCACUGCUUCAGGGAAAUUCAAGGACGAGAUCAUACCAGUGAAGACUAAGCUUGUGGACCCGAAGUCAGGAGAUGAGAAGGAAGUAACAAUCUCUGUCGAUGAUGGCAUAAGGGCAAACACAACAGUGGCAGACUUGGGCAAACUGAAGCCCGUUUUCAAGAAAGACGGAUCAACCACUGCUGGGAACUCCAGCCAGGUUAGUGAUGGUGCUGGAGCCGUACUCCUCAUGAAGAGACGGGUGGCAAUGGAGAAAGGACUUCCCAUUCUGGGGGUAUUUAGGACCUUUGUUGCUGUUGGUGUAGAUCCUGCCAUCAUGGGAAUUGGGCCAGCGGUUGCAAUUCCUGCUGCCGUUAAAGCUGCUGGUCUUGAACUUGGAGACAUAGAUCUCUUCGAGAUUAAUGAGGCAUUCGCUUCGCAAUUUGUGUACUGCCGCAAGAAGCUUGAACUCGACCCCGAGAAGAUUAAUGUGAAUGGAGGUGCCAUGGCCAUUGGGCAUCCUUUGGGUGCAACAGGUGCCCGUUGUGUUGCCACGUUGUUGCAUGAAAUGAAGCGUCGUGGAAAGGAUUGUCGUUUUGGUGUAAUAUCCAUGUGCAUAGGUACGGGAAUGGGGGCUGCGGCUGUAUUUGAAAGAGGGGACUCGUGCGACGAGCUAAUGAACGUGAAAAAGGUCGAAUCGCACAACUUCCUAUCUAAAGAUGCAAGGUGAAGGAACACUUUCGCCAUAUCUCUCCCUUAUCAUAAGGUUGGGUUCCUAAUAAAGCUAUCCUAUGCAUAGCAUAUGUUAUCGUUUCCAUGAUAGUUAGUAUCAUGAGGAAGACUUGUAUGGUUCAUGUAAUUCUAUUCCCUACACUUUAUAUCCAAACAUAUAUAUAUAUAUAUAUAUAUAUGCCUAAGAGGUGAAAUAAUAAUUGUGCUCCAUAAAGAUGAAGAAAUUCUGUUUUUUAUUACCGUG